UGUUGUUGAGUGAAUUCAGUUGAAUUGGUUUCGGCGCACUGUGCUCUGUAGUUUGUUUGCCUGGCCGCCUAGCUUCGUCGCAACUACCAGACACUCGCUCAGUUGAUUGCUAGCAGAUUACUCGCGCAAGCAUCAUCAUGAAGGUUUGGAUCGCUGCCCUGUGCGGAGCACUGCUAGUGCACAGCACCGCUGCCUUCGGCUUCUACCAGCCACGAGUUCCGAAUGCCGGCGACCGAGCCGCUAACGUGUCGUCACGCGUACCUGCACCAUACGGUAUCUCGAACACAUUCUGUGAUUCCGUGGGACACGUGGCUAGCUGCACCGGGCCACCAUCCGGCAAAGGAAACCCUUUUGGCAAGGCCUUCCAUACCAUUGGAGGAAUAUGGAACGAGACGAUCUGCAUGGCGGACAGUGACGGUGAUGGCGUUGCUAACGGAGCGGAGCUUGGAGACCCCAACUGCACCUUUAUACAGGGUAGCACGCCAUUAAUCACCACUGGCAUUAGCCACCCAGGAUUUGCCUGCUCAACAGCUGCCGAUCCAUUCUGCUUGUCUUCCCCGGUCUCACAAUUCAUGACCGCACCGACUGGUGGAAGUGGUGCUACAACAGGGGCUGUAACGACUGGUCCUGCUAUUACAAGUAAGCUUGGUAGAAGCCUUGCUUGAUAGUUUAACAGGUUUUCUAUUUCGACA